GAGGUCAAGGCGCAGGCGCGCUGCGUGUGUUUUGGAUGUCGGCCAUGUCGCCUGCGAGCUGCUGGGGAUGGAGGCGGCUGCCGCGGCUCGCUUCCUAUUUCAGCUGUCUGUGCGGGCGUCCCGGAGCCCUGCGGGCCGCAGCUGCAGCGAGGCGGGUCGCCGGCACCGCCCGAGGCCGAGUCGCGGAGAAGAGCGGCGGGGCGUGGGGGAAGAGCCGUGGGCCGGAGCCCCCGCAGCUGACGGAGCUGGACAAGGCUGACGCGUGGAUGCUGCGCAAGGCCCAUGAGACAGGUUUCCUGGCUUGGUUUCGGAACGGCCUGCUGGCCACGGGGAUCGGGGUCGUCUCCUAUGCGCAGAGCGACGUGGGCCGAGAGGCCGCCUACGGGUUCUUCAUCCUGGGCGGCGCGUGCGUGUCCUUCGGCUGCGCCUCCUAUGUGGGGAACCUGUUUGCCCUGAGGAGGACCAUGCUGCUGUCGCUGCCCGCCGUCCUGCUGCACAGCGCCGCGGUGUCCAGCGCCGCCCUCUUGUGGCUGUGCUCGGUGUCGCUCUAUAUCGGGCGGCUGGAAGUAGAGAUUGUGCACGAGGACGAAGCCGAGGAGGAGGACGAGGAGAGCAGGGGUGGGCAACGCAAAGAUCACCACGCGGAGGAGGAUGGGAAGCCUGGAGACCGGGGAAGGAAGUGAGCUGCCUGUUUGGCAACACCCCCAGUUGACACUUUGCAUGACUCUGCUGGGGACACUGGUGCCUGUCCCCCGGGCGUGUGUGCGGACAGGAGCAGGGGCGAUAUGUGGGCGCAGGACACGUCCUCCACUCGUGAGCAUGUUGAUCAGGGCAGGCUUUCCUAGGCGUGUCACAGCGCCCCCCUGUGGCGGGGCCGAGGUGCUCUUGUCUGACCCUGCCUCUGGGGAGCCCUGCUGAGGCGCGGUGCCAGGGGAGGCCUUCGGCUGUGCCGGCGCUGUGCGCCUCUCUGUUGUGCCAUCUGCCGCGGGGGGGGUCAGCGCUGGGGCUGGUGUCUCAGGGGGGUGGGUGUUGACCUUCUCAGGUCUGCAACCCUCUGGGGAACCUGCCGUCCGGGCGUUGUCGUACUGCGCGUGAGCCGGGCUCGGUGUGAGCGCAGAGCAGGGGAGACAAGGCCUCUUUGGCACAGGGAGUGGGGUGCGAAGGUGCGGUGUUGGGGAAACGGAAGGGCGCCUUGCUGUGGGAAAAGGCUGGCACAAACGAUGAGGGACACAGAGAUCAAUAAAUAUGGCCGAGGGCUUGAAGACA